UGAGGGAGGGGAGGAGUCUGCACGAGACCCAGCGAGUCUCUCCUGCGGUCAGACGUCCGGCCCUGCUUUUGUUGGCGCGUGUGACCUCCGGGCUGCACCUCGUGGCUCCCAGGCGCUGUGAGACGCGACUGUAGGUGGACAGACCAACCCUGACCCGAGGAGAGCUGGUUUCUUUCCGGGGAAGGCACAGAUUUGGGACUUUGAACUUCUGAAGCUCUCACCAGGAGAAGAAGGUGCACCGUGUUAGUGUAUCCACCAUGUCAGGCGUGCAAUCCAAAGCAGCCAGGCUUCAGAAAGAGCAGAAAGAAAAGCCGUCAGCAGACAGGGAGAGAAAAAUGGCCACAUCUCCGUCCCUGAAGCACAAUGAAGUCCCGGCAUCCAUGAUGGAGCAGUUUAAUGCUUUAAUGGAAAUGCAAGAGGUGAUGUUCGCAGAGAUGAGAGAAGCCUAUAAAAAUGAUAUUAAGGAAAUGCUGUUAAAACCAACAGCACCUUGGGUGAGGCGUUUGGAAGAGCCGCUAGGACAGCAAGAAGGAGAUGCCGCCUCAGAAAGGCCAAAGCCACGAGAGAAAGUGGAAGAGGAAAGUUCUGGAACAGAGGAGGGCACUGAAAACCUGACUGUGAGAAGCAAGGAGAAGAGUAAGUUGGACGAAGCUGAACAAUUCAACUGCAACCAUGUCGUGAAACUAUCACUAGAGAGAGCAAGAGAAGUCCGGCGCGGUGAACACAUCGAGUGUCAGCGAGAGAUCAGCGAGAGCAACGCCUGCCUUCUAAACGCUCUAGAAAGGGAGGCCAUGAAAAAUGCGGGUGAGAAACUAGCCAGCUGUCAGAAUGAAGAGAACCGUCUAAAAACCCCCAAAGAGAGCCGGCCUGCAGAAGGAGGCGGAGCCACGCUGAGGCUGGCUGCUGACUUCUCGGCAGCCACGCUGGAUCUCAGCAGGCAGUGGGGCCAAGUCUUCCGCCUUCUGAAAGAAAAGGGGUUGGAGCCUGAGCUGCAGUGCUCGGUGAAGUUGGCAUUCAAGUGUGAUGGGGAAACGAACAUUUUCUCAGACCUUCACAGCCUCCGACAGUUUACCAGCAGAAAGCCUUUUCUGAAAGAGUUGCUGAAAGAUGUGUUCCCGCAAAACGAGACGAGAAAUGAAGGAGAAAGAAGAAACGAGCUUCGGGAAAGAUUGGGUAAAACUCUAGGAGACACGAAGCAUGAAGCUAGAAGAAUAGCAAGUGACAGUUUAAGCUUCCUAUUCAUCAAAGAGGUAAAAGUUGCUAGUCCAGAGGCGAAGACUUACGAAGAAGAAACACUGCGCCAGAAGGAUAAAGGAACUCUCAAGAAGCAAGAGGCAGAAGAAGGAAUCUCAGAGAUGCAGGGGGAAGAAACUUCAGAGGGAGCGGCCUCAGAGUUGGGGGAGGACGAGGGUUCAGAGUCAGGGGAGGAGGGAGAAGAGAACUCAGAAGUGGGAAAGAAGGAAGAAGCCCCCGUACUACAUGAAGCUCCAAGAUCAGCCUUCCAGGGCCUUGCUGUGGUAGAAGAUCGUGCUGUUGAGAAAAUCACCAAGAAUGCUGAAGAGAUUGGCUUAAUUAGUUUGGUAGUAGAUUCUGAACCAGAGGAAGAAGUAAAGAGAACGGCGGCUUCCCAGACUAAGAAAAAGGAGACCUUCCAUGGACUUAAAGAACUUGCAGUCAGUUACCUGGUUUGGGACUCUAAGGGAAAAAAGCUGAUGAGAUGCCAGGAGGCACCCGGAAGCCAGGAGGGAGGAGCAGCUGCUCUGUCUAGUCAGAAGAUUGAGAAGCCCUGUCUGACCUUAUAUUUGAGUUCUCCAUCAGAAUCUCUAGGGGCAGGUAGCGAUGGUCCUAAAGGCCAUUCAAGUACAAAGUGGAGUGACUUGCGACGGAAAACACAAGUCACUCCACUUAUAAUGAACAAGAUGCCGCAAGUAACACACCUAACAGUUGAAGAAGCAAAGUUGAUCCAUGAAACCGAAGAAAACUUUAGAAUAGGAGUGAUCGGUGUUAUCAGACAGAUGCAGAGGGAGGUCGCCAAUGUCAGAAACCUUUGCAUUUUCGAUGUCCAAAAUAUGAAAAGUUCACUGGAUGAUCUGAGUUCCUUAGCAUGCACGAUUGAGGCCAGGGUGAACGACCAGGAAGAUGCGGUGGAGGCUCUGACCAAGGAUACAAUGCAGUUGGCCAGGGAGAUCAUUGAUAAAGAAAGGCUGAGAGAGAGGGAGGAUAGAUUUCGAAGCUCCAACAUCCGAGUGAUAGGAAUUCCAGAGAAAGAAAACCGGGAGAACGGAGCGGUGGACAUAAUUAAGGAAGUCAUUGAAGAAAACUUUGCUGAGCUAGAAGACCAGAGUCUGGAGAUUGUCAGUGCUCAUCGCAUCCCUAAUUCAGUGGAUGAGCACAGACUCACGCCUAGACACAUCUUGGUGAAGUUUGGGAGUGCUGGUGAUAAGCAGAGAAUCCUAAAAGCUUCCAGAGCAAAACAAGAAAUAACCUACAGAGGGUCCAAGAUCAGACUGACAGCUGACUUAUCGCCUGGCACAAUAGAUGCAAGGAGUCAGUGGUGUGAUAUCAUAAAAAUUCUGCAAGAAGAAGGCUUUCAACCGAGAAUCCUUUAUCCUGCCAAACUGGCGUUUGAUUUUAGAGGUAAAACCAAGGUAUUUUUUGAUAUUGAAGAAUUCAAGAAGUUUAUCUCUGAUACACCCUAUUUGAAAGAUCUGUUCAGCAAUAUACAUUAGCAGCCUGGAGCGCUUUUCUGUCCACCAAAAUACAUCCAAAACCAAGUAGAGUAGGGGCUGGGGAAGCAGCGUCACUCCCUGAAUAUUGAUUGAAUUAGACAGCACAUGUAGCUUUUCAGUAGCUGUCUACCUUGCUUGGUAAGGAGGCAUCUUGUCAGGGUGACCACACAUGGAAAAAUACUAGAGGCCACAGUGGGAUGGGAAAAGACAUGAUAAGUUAGAAGAGUCUGUCUGCCAGGGGGACUCACUCAACUGAUUACAUUAUUAUUUGCCAUUAUACAUUAAAGCUUGAAGUCUGAA